UCACCCACCCACUCACCGCCCUGGGGUUGGAAUGGUGGCGCAGUGGUUAGCGCACUCCGCUAAGAUUCCGGCGAGGCGAGUUCGAAUCCACGGCUGUCAUCAGUGACCAGCGUGGUGAAGUAUGACCAACAACAACUCGCCAUUCGCCACGUAACUAGCUUAUUCGGCGACAUCACUGCGGCGCUUGUGCCAGGCUAGGUGCACCUUGAGGUCACCACGUGCUCGCUUACAGGUAGUCACAGGAGAGAUGCAAGGUCCCAUGGGCUAACCUACCUAGGGAACACACAACCACUGUGACCCCGAUGGCGUGGGGAGUGAGAUUAUGCACGGUGCAUCUCUAUGAUUGAAUCCUCAAAUUUCAAUGCUCGCACGGCGAGGGUUAUGCGAGAGCUCCCUGUUUAAUUAUGCAUGAGCGUACGUGUAUAUUUCAGUGUACGCUCAUUGCUCGCUAUGUGUUAUUAGCCAAAUAUAUAUAUUUUAGCGAUAUCGAUGGGACCCUUUUCGCCAGUAUUUUGGCAGUAACAAUAGGGUUUACCCUUUCCGCCAAGAAUACAGUAGCUGUGAAGAUCAAACACCGAAUAUACAUUUAUUUCAAGGCAUAUGCAUGAACCACAAAGAAUUGUGGUAAAAUAUGAAAACGUAUAAUAUUACUGUAAUUUGCCUACACCAGAUAUGAACAAUGCCAAAAGAUGAACAGGACAAGGACAAUGCACUGAGACACGCCUUGGCAAUGUAUCCUUGGUACUUGACAUUGAUUGGUGUAGACAAGAGCUAUACAACAGACUCCUUUGUGGCCUUGUCUCACCAGUGUUAGACCAGAGGCAAACGCUCCUUGGCUGUUUAACUAUCUGGCAGUUCACCAUAAAAAUUGGUUCAAGCAACCUUGCCUCCGCUGAUGAGACACUGAAUGUCGAAACCAGUCCUUGUUGCCUAUAAACUAUCUCUAUGAGCGCCAGCGAUUACUGUGUGGCAGCCUGUAUCAACCUGCACAAGCAGGUUGAUACAGGCUGCUGUGGGGUUACGUGACCAGCGUGGUGAAGUAUGGUCAAAUAACCUCCCGAGUUUCCCUCUCUGGGUUUGUCAGCUUCACCCGGUGUCAUACCCCCCCCACCCCCCUCCCCUUAAGCCCCCCCGGAUCAGGGGCUCAAUGCUCCGAGCCUAAUUACCAUAACAAUGACAAUCAUAACAAAGGGACUGAACAAAAGAUCUCCUCCCUCCGCAAUGGGGCCACGUCACACGAUGGCCGGAGACGGACCUCUGAAUCAGAGAGACGCCGCCAGAUUGGUGGCGCAUUCGACAUCGCACUGACGGCCUGCAUCCCGGCCCUGUCUGCCUACCACCCGACUCACUCUGCGAUUCGUUCACGAACCAGUCAUUUAUUCAUUCAUUUGUCCAGCCAGUCGCUUGCUCACGCGCACACUCACCCACCCAUCCCACCCAUCGUUGUAAGCGCCCCGUCCGUUAUCUUCUGCUCUUGUUUUCUCGUUCUCCUGUGCUGCUCCGGGAGGGGAGGGAGCUGGAGCAGAAGAGACGCCAAGGUGAUGCUGCGACCUCCCCCACGGCCACGCUCCCAGCCUCGCCCCACGCUCCCACCCCGCGUCGCGCUCCGUUCGCGACGCCGCGUUCGCGGAGGAGAGAGCGCGCGACCGCCUCUCGCGACGCGAGCCGGGUGACCGCGCGUGUGUGCGGCCAGUGAGUUUGUGUGUCUGGUGCGGUGUGCGAACAUCGCCGCUAGGGAGACAAAGGCGGCCGGGCGUGGUGCUGCCCACCCAUCCCCUCCUGCGCCGUGCCGGCCUUCAUAGGUGCUCCUCGCUAACAGCACUUGCCUAAACAGUCUGGUAAGGCUAUACGGGGGAUCUUUGUCUUUGUUGUGUGUGGCAUUAGCUAUUACACAACACACACGCCCUGUGUAUUUAAAUAACCAGCACUGACUGCAUGGGCCUUGAUUUCUGUACUUACACAUGGAUACACGGUGGUGCGUAUGGACUGUGUGUGUACACCUUUGUGGAUUCUGGCCGUCCCCUAGGUCGGCUCAGCCUCAAAUGAGACCGUGAUUACGACGUAAAAAAAAAUCGCUGCUAGAGAGACAAAGGCGGCGAGGCGUGGGUGCUGGCCACCCUUCCUUGCCGUACCGGCAUUGAACUGUAUUCGUUAACAGCACUUGCCCCAUCAGUCUUGUUCAUGCGAUGCGGGGGCUCUUUGUCUUUGCGUGUGGAGUGGCAGUGUAGCAGCGACCCGAGUUGUAUUCCUGGUCAUAACCAUUAUCAUUAUUACAUCAGUAGCGAACACAUCGAUUGCAUCGGUCCUGGGUCCUCUCCUAUGUCGACUUAGCCUCAAAUGGGUACCGUCUGCGCCGUGUGUACACGGCAGCUGAGGGGGAGACAACGGUGGUGCUAGUCACACGGCAGCGUCGGCUACGUACGGUGCGAAAGAAGUUCAACAUACAUGCGAGCACCUUCAUAGGAGCUCGCUAAACAGCACUUGCCCCACCAGUGCAAGAGCCUACACAGGGGAUCUUUGUCUUUGUACGGUAAUUCGCUGUUACACACGCAGUGCGAAUACGUUUAGCCGGUACCGCAUUGGUGGUGAUGCGUUUGUUGUGUAUCCGUGUGUCCAUGCGAUGGGGGGGAGCGGUGGCGCAGCGGUUAGCGCGACAAACCAACGAACCCUGCUACGCGAGCGGGUGACGAGGAGCGGGUGAGGAGGAGCGGGUGAGGAGGAGCGGGUGAGGGCGAGCGGGUGAGGAGGAGCGGGUGAGGAGGAGCGGGUGAGGAGGAGCCGGCGGGUGGACGAUGGCGGACAGCCCGGACCCCUGCGAGGUGGCCGCGCGGCUCCGCGAGCUCGCGCGCGACCCGCGGCUCUGCGCGGCCGUGGCGCGCGAGCCGCACGGCGGCGGCGGCUGCCUGCCGGGCCUCGUGAUGCUGCUCGACCACCCCGGGCCGGAGGUGGUGACCACCGCGCUGCAGGCGCUGCGCUACCUGGCCGAGUGUGUGGACAGCCGCGGCCGCAUGAAGAGCGAGCUCGGCCUCAUGGUCAGCCUGCAGAACAUCACUGACAGAACCGACUUCCCACGGGAGACUCGCUCGCUCGCCACCGAGGUCUACGACCUGCUGAGUCGCUGGAACGGGACCGAGGAGGAGCCCCCCCCCACGAGCCCGGCCCCCCCUUCAGCCGCGUUGGGGGGCGGCGGAGAGGGCCCCCCCCCCGAAGGGGCGGUGGGGCUCGGCGAGGCCGCGCCGGGGUCCGCGAGGCGCCGCCGAGCUCGGCCCUUCCUGGGCAGCACCAACAAGCGUGCCAAGACGGUGACGCUGCACAUCGAGGGACUCACCGACGUCGAGCGCCGGGCGCGCUGCGAGGAGGCACUCCUCACCGUGCGGGGCGUCAUCAGCUUCACCUUCCAGAUGCACGCACAGAGGUGCAUCGUGCGCAUGCGCGCCGACCUCAAACCCGAGUGUCUCGCCACUGCGAUCGCCACCACUCAGCUCAUGGCGGCACAGCAGGUGGUGAAGAACGAAGCGGGGGAGGAGAUGCUCGCGCCGCUGAGCUCCGGUCCGGGCGGAGGCGGCGCCGGCGGCUCCGCUCCGGGUUUUCCCGACUACCUCCCCGAAGACGAGGACGAGGAAGGGGAGGCGACCCCCCGCGAGGCCGUGUCGCGCUCGGGGGCGCCCCACGGGGCCGGGGGGGGCUGGCUCAGCACCGCUGUCAGCUUCUUCUCGAGGUCCUUCUACUGGUGAUGCCCCCCAGUGGGGGGCGGGCGGUGGAGUCGUGGGGAGGGUGCAGGAAGAGGGGGGCCCAGCGAUCGCGAUCGGCCGGAACACGCGAGGACGGCGCGGUCCACGGCUCCAUCUCGACCAGGGCGGCACACCACGUCAAGUAUACUCUACGGGCUGCGGCUGGCAUGCACCGCCCACCCUCGCCGCUCCGGUCUGCCCGGCAGCCCGGUGGACACCCAGUGGGAGGUCAUGGCCCGGACUCAAGGGUGGACGCCGCGGUGGAGUCGACCGCAGUGUCCCCCCCCCCCAACCCCCCCCCCCCCCCCCCCCCCCCCCCGGUUCAUCUCCCCGGCUCGGUUACUGCGCGGGCGUCCGAACGUUCGCCUGACCCCUGGUGCGUCACGUUAUAUGUUUUUUUUGCCGAGAUAUAAACAAAAAUGUCAACCGCCCUCUCCGCUGGCACCACCGCCACCACGGCUACCACCGCCACCACCACCGCUACCACCAUCACUGCCACCACCGCUACCACAGCCACCGCCACCACUGCCACCGCAGCCGCCACCCUUCGGGUGACCGCCCCAGUUCGCCGUACCAGUUGGCCGGCUCUGGUCACAAGUGAGGAUGAUUUUGAGCGUACUCCACCACGCGGCUCAGUGUGAAGCUGCCAAUCAGAGACUCGCGAGAGGAUAGGCAGGCGUACAGUAUAGUACAGUGCAACGAGGUUUCCCUGCGUUGCUCACCGACGAUGCCGUUCCUUUCCCGCCCGAGACUCCCCGCUGCGUUGCCGGGGUGCUGUCGCGUUGUUGUCGUUCGUUCGGCGCGACGUCCGACGUUCCGCGCCCACGCAACCAAGCGGCUCGAAGAAUCCUUCCCGCUUGGUGCACGGCCGCCUCUGGAGAGCGGUAGAACCGGGAUCCGAAUCCCAAUCAUAAAUCUCGCUGGGUGGGUGGCGGCACUGUUGGUGGUGGUGGUGGUGGCACUGGUGGUGGUGGUGGCACUGGUGGUGGUGGCGGCACUGGUGGUGGUGGUGGUGGCACUGGUGGUGGUGGUGGCACUGGUGGU